AGGGACAGCCGGCCGGCGAGCUCCCCCCUCCCCUCCGCGCUCUCCCUUGCGGCGGCGUAGGACGGGCUUCUCCUCCCCUCCGCGCUCUCCCCUGCGGCUGCCCAGGACGGGCUUCUCCUCCCGCCGCCUCCGCUGCGAGCAGUGGCGCUGUCGGCCUCAUCCUCACCCGAUCCGCCCCUGCAGCAAAUCAGAAUGAUGGAUGCCAUUUUGCUCAAGUGCAUCUCUAUUUGACCAGCUGCUCAAGAGUCAAGCGAGACUAUUUCCAUGGAAGCUCCUAAGCUUCGCUUCGUCAGAUGCCCAGGGUGCCUCCAGCUUCUUGUGGAGUAUCCAUCAAUUGCUGUCUACCAGUGUGGUGGCUGUGGUACUGUUCUUAGAGCAAAAAAUCGAGUUGCGCCAGUAGUGAAUACUACUGUAGAAUCUGGCGUACACAAUGAAUUCUCAAAUAGCUCAACAGGGAAUCCUCAGAACAACAAAUUGAUCUGUAUAGAUGGGCAGACAAUUUUACCAUCCUCCAAUGCACAACCUGGUGUGGUGAAGGAGAAGAUUACCUUUGCUAGCGAGGAAAGUACUGUAUUGUCUAGCAACAGUAUCGACUCCAGUGAGCAUGUUAACAUUGAUUGUCCCUUAGUUGAUGGGGAUGCCAGCAAUCCUGAUAUGAGGACGGAAAGCAUAAAUGAUGAAGAUAAAGGAACUGUGUCUAAUUCGGGUCCUGAAUCAAUGAAGGCAGAGAAUGUUGGAACUGAUGGAAAUGUCAAUAGUGAAAAAAGUUCCUUCAUGGAUGAUCAGAGCAUCAUCAAUGAAGUUGCUACCGCCCAAAGCAUAGUCCACAUGGCCGGAGGUGGUUCUAAUAGUAAUUUAAGAGAAGCACAGAGCUUAGCUGGGGAGAAGUGUACUCUUAGCAAUAAUAGUGUGAACUCCCAAGAGAUAGUUGCAAGUUGCCGACCUGAUGAUGAAAUUGAGUGUAAAUCAAAUAACGUAUCUGCUGGUGCAAAAGACAGAUUUCAGCCAUAUGAAGGUUUGCAUGUAGAAUCACAUGAAGAUCUGAUUGAAGAAUUGGUGAGGUCUCUUUCACUCAGUGAUGAUGAAGACAACUUUGUGGAUAUAGAAGAAAAUAGUGAACUUAAUGAUGCUUUACGUUCUCAAAUGGGCAGCUGCAGAUUUUCAUCAGGGAGCAAAAUGAAUGAUGCCCCUCGAACUGAUCCUCAUGGCCAGUUGAUUGAGGAAUUAGAGAUGUCUUUUAGUGAUUCUGAAGAACCAGUAGACCAAAAUGUUAUGAUCCAACACAAUGACAUUGUAGAAAAGGUUAUUUUGGAUGAGGAUGCUAAAGAAAAUCACAAUUUGGAAGAGGAUGGUAAAGAAAACAACAUUUUGGAUGAAGAUGGUAAAGAAAAUCACAUUUUUGAUAAGGAUGGUAAGGAUAACUGCAUUUUGGAAAAGGAUGGCAAAGAAAAUCACAUUUUGGAUGAGGAUGAUAAAUAUAACUGCAUUUUGGAAGAGGAUGGCAAAGAAAAUCACAUUUUGGAUGCAGGUGGUUCUAAUUCAUAUGAAGAAAGAGUACUGCCAAUGGAUGAUGGGGAUAUCAAAUCUGGACAAAGUUUCCAACAAAAUGAACUGGCAACUGUUAACACAGAAGAAAAGGAGGAGGAACAUCUGGAAGAAACCAAUGUGCUCAACCAUGCUGAGGCAGACAGUGGAACUGGUGCUGUUCUUUCCAGUUUGUCAGAUGAUAAGUUUUAUGCUAGUGCCAUACUGCCACCUAGCUGCAAUAAGAGAAAAGAAGAAAAAUCUAACAUAUAUAGAGGUAGAGAACUACGCCAAGGAUUGUCACUGGAUUCUGAAGACUUCCGGUCAAUCCAAAAAUUUAUCGAGUCUCAAAUGGAUGGGACCUCAAGUUCUCUUUCGAGUGGCUCUCCGAAUCAUGGGGACCUGGAACGUAAUACAUCAAACAGAUUCAGGAAAAUUGAUCGAUUUGAGCGACUAAAGAAGAUGGAUGAUCUAAGAGAUCAGUUAAAUAGGCUUUCUAGCCAGAAAGGAGGAAAUAGGUACAAGAACAAAGGCCUUGGGCACCUUCAGCAGCAGAAUAGCUACAAAUACAUUGAACUACAUCCUUGUGGUUAUGAUGCUGAUUCUAUCCUUGAUUCUGAUAUUAUUGAUUCCUACUAUGAUCAUGGAAAUCUACCAAGGUACCCACCACCAGAUGCUUUCUCACCAACUCAUUCACACUAUCAUUGUGGACAUGGGCAACCCCAUAUCCCAUAUAACUGCAGUGCAUGGGAGUUCAAUUCAUAUUAUCAGCCAUCAUAUGCGGGAAGCACAAUUCUUGAACAUGAGUCACUUAGUUUGAGCUACAAAGAGCAGAAACGAGCUGUGAGGAAAAGCAUUUUGCGUUCUUUGUCUGGUGCUUCCCCAUUUACCAUCUGCAAUGGCUGUUUCAAUUUGGUUCAAGUUCCAUCAGACAUCUAUGUAUCGAAAAAGAAGAUUGCUAAGUUCCAGUGCGGUCGGUGCUCCAAGGCCCUUGUAUUAUCAUUUCCUGCUACACAUAGUGAAGAUACAAAGCUCAGUAAGGAAGUUAAUCAAAAGCCACUCCACAAUACAGUUGAUGGGAUAGAGGGAGCUAAUUCUUUUUCUGCUGAACUGCGUGGGGAUCCUAUGAGGAUAAUUGAAAAGUAUGGAGCUUCAUCUUCAAGAAGCUUUUCUAGUAGAGCUAGACCAGACUUUGAUGCCUCAACAAGUGGGAAAAAGGCGUCAGAUUCGGCACUUCACCGGCUCAUGGGGUAUGAUUCAGCGAGCCAAUUGUUACGUCACAGCAGAGUGUUUGACGAUGGAUACGACAGUUUUGAAUCCAUGGUACCAGUUUCUAACAGAGUAUUCAGAAGAAAGAAUUUGUGAUAUAUUUCUGUAGCCUUUUGAUUCCUGCCAUGGAUAGGAAGGGCCAGCAAUUUUGGAGUUUGGAGGAUAAUACAAAGUUGUGAUUAUGUAGAAAGAAUGACACUUUGCCUGCAAGUUAUUAUUAUUUUGUCUUUCAGAAGAUUUUGUGCUUUCAAGUCUGGAGUUUUGUCAUUCUUUGAUUGAGGUAUAUAGUAAUUUGUUAUUCUUGCUGUAAAGCUGUGUAUGUUUGGUGGGAUAAGAUUGUAACAGUUACUUGUGCCAUAUGUUUGUUAAUACAUACUAUUUCUUUGCUCUGUA